AUGCGCUUCGUUCUCUUAGCUUCUUCGCUGCUAUAUGUAGCACGCGCAGAAAACAGGUGUUUCGACACUCAAGGUACAGCUAUUGCAGAUGCCUCUUUUGUGCCUUGCAAUACUACCGUAGCGGUGAGCGCGUGCUGCGNCAACGAACAAAGGACAACCCGAUGGACAAAUGGAUGGAAAGCGUACAACGUGCUUCCCUGCGCACUGGAUACAUGGUGUUGCCGCGAGGCAUCCGAUCGAUCGAACUGCUGCGGCAACGAUACCAUGCUGCUCAAUUCUGAUCAGACCUCUUACCUCGGACGCUUCAUCGACAAUGUAAUUCCUGGCACCACAACCACUUCGAACGACUCAAAUGCCACCGAUGCAACAACCACAGCAACAGUCACAUCAACCACCACAGCAACCUCAUCUAACUCAUCGGAUUCGAGCAACACUACAACCGUUGUAGGUGUAGCUGUUGGCGCUGUACUUGGUGUCGCCUGCAUAAUCGCACUAGCAGGAUUGCUCUGGAUGAUGAGAAAAGUCAAGACCUUGAAAAAGGAGAUGCAAGCAAUGCGAUCACACGAGCCAUACUCCAACUCCAGCUCCACCGGUCCCAUGACCCAACACCCAUACGAAGCACCAAUGAGUGAAGCUCCGACGGAACACGCAUACGAGGCAGACUGGAACAAUGGUAGAUAUGAGAUCGAUGGCACAGGCAAGUGA